AUGAAUCCAUUGAAUCAGCAUAGUCAGUCCUCUGGCUAUAUGGGUCUUCUUCAACGUCAACAGAGCGGUGCUCUGCAUCAAAACUCUCCUUAUGAGAGUUUUCAUUCCGAAGCUUCUGACUUCCCUCAAUUCAGUUCUCAACAAGGCGAGGCUCCAACUCCACCUUCUGAUACACCCGUGGAGCGUGGGAAGAGACACAUAUGGAGUCCAGCGGAUGACGAACUUCUAAUCAGUGCCUGGUUAAACACGUCUAAGGAUACAAUUGUGUCAAAUUACCAAAAGGCUGGGACGUUCUGGGAGCGAGUAGGAGAUUAUUUCUUAGUAGCACUACUUAGUAGAGAUGGUCGUCAGAGUAGUGAACAUCUCCACUAUAAACAGAGGUGGCACAAGAUCAAUGAGCAAACUAACAAGUUCUGUGGUGCAUAUGCGGCUGCGGAGAGGCAUGAACAGAAAUGGCUUAGCCUCAACACCACUAAAGCUUCUGCAAGUUCAAAGAGGAAACCCGUUGAAACAGACUCCCAAACUUCCCCAAUCAAUGUUGGUGAUGAAGAGGUACGACCGGAAGGGGUAAAGGCAGCAAAAGCGAAGAGGAGUAAUGCAAAGGGGGAUAUAACCACGGUCUGGGAGAUGAGAACGGACAAUUUGGACAGGAAAGAGAAACUGUCAAAGCUUGCAAUCUUAGACACUCUCCUUGCGAAAACCCAACCACUAACUACGGCUGAAGAAGAAGCCAAGAACAAGCUGCUCGCGCAAUAUAUCUAG